UGGUCCUGUAUUUCCAGCUUCUCACGCAAAAUAAGAAGGAUUUUGGUAGGAUGAUGAACACCCACAUGCUCAUACUAGUUCUUGGACUAACUUCAACAGCUUUGUUGGUAGUUCUCAUACUUGUCAUCUUGUUUUACCCCAAAAGAACGGUGAAAAAUGGUCGUGAAGAUAUGGAAAACAUGGACCAGAAAUAUGGAGUUGAGGCUCGGAUAGAGGACUUGAUCACUUUCCAUGGUGGGCAGGACCUGACAAUAAGUGACAUUCUGGAUGCUCCGGGCGAAGUGGUAGGAAAGUCCAACUAUGGCACGCUGUAUAAGGCCUUAAUGCAGCAGAGCACCACGUUGAGGCUGCUGAGGUUUCUGAGGCCAGUUUGCUGUGCCAGAGGUGAGGAAUUUGUUGAUGUGAUUCAGCUUCUGGGAUGCAUAAGGCAUCCCAACUUGGUGCCUCUUCUAGGAUUCUAUGCAGGGCUGAGGGGAGAGAAGCUUCUUGUUCAUCCGUUUUACAGGCGCGGCAAUCUGGCUGAAUUCAUUCGAGAUGGAAACGGUGACUCUCACAAAUGGGCCAUCAUUUAUAGCAUCUCAAUUGGUAUAGCCAAGGGUUUGGAAUAUCUCCAUACAGAAUUCCAGAAGCCCAUAAUCCAUGGAAACCUCAAGUCUAAAAACAUACUUUUGGAUUGCAAUUACCAACCAUACAUCUCAGACUUUGGCCUUCACCUUCUGCUGAAUGCUAAUGCUGGCCAAGAAAUGCUUGAAACUUUAGCAUCCGAGGGCUACAAAGCUCCUGAGUUAAUCAAAAUGAGAGAUGCAAGCGAAGAGACUGAUAUCUAUAGCCUUGGGGUAAUCUUACUUGAACUGCUUUCAGGGAAGGAACCGAUCAAUGAGAACCCAACUUCUGAGGAGGAUGAUUUCUUUCUGCCUAACUUCAUGAGAAACGCGGUCCUUGGACAUAGGAUCGGAGACUUAUUUCGUCCAGACAUACUUCUCAGCAACAACAAUGAAGAUGAGCGCCGGGUUACUGAAGAACGCAUUCUCAAAUCCUUUCAGCUUGCUAUGACUUGUUGUUCUCCUACUCAUUUUGUCAGGCCCAAUAUCAAGCAAGUCAUCUGGAAGCUUGAAGAUAUAGGAAAAUAAGGACUUUGGUAUUCUGUAGAGAAUCCAACUAGGUACUGCUGGUACCUCAUUGAGAUGGUCGAUUUUGGGAUGUGCGAUGACAUAUCGAUCCUCUAAAACCUAAGGGAUUAUGUAUAUAUGUAAAGCAUAUAUGAUAAAUGAGUACACUUCUAUCCAAAAUAGUUGAAAAUUUUGGCUGUGCAACAAGGAUCCUAGAAAUAGAAAUGGUGAUUACA